AUUUUUCAAUAGAAUAAAACUAAAAAAGGAAAAAACUCCGGACACACCCAAACGAAACGUGCAGUGCGUCCUUCGCUGGCCCGCUAGUCCCCCACACUGAUCGUUUCCAUUCGCACAAUUAUCAGUCUGCUGAUUUGCUUCUUUACUCCUCUCCCUCUCUCUCUCUUAUCUUCUGAAUUAUUCCGAAUAAUUUCCCUUCAACCAGUGAGAGAGAGAGAGAGAGAGAGAGAUUGAUCGAUCUGGCUGUGAAAAUCUGAAAUCUGGUAUCCUAAACCCUAAAAUCACAUUCUUAUUGUGACCAAAACAGGAGUAGAUAAAGCAAAAAUCAAAGCAGAAAACCCAGAAAAUCGAAGCUGGAGCAGUUGAAGACGAUCGGUAGGGAGCUGGCGAUGGGCUCCCAAGGCGGCGGUUGGGGCGGCGGGCAGUCCAAGGAGUUCCUGGACCUGGUGAAGUCCAUCGGCGAGGCGCGAUCCAAGGCCGAGGAGGACCGCAUCGUUCUCAACGAAAUUGACACCCUCAAGCGGCGUCUCGCGGAGCCCGACAUCCCUAAGCGCAAGAUGAAGGAGUGCAUAAUCCGCCUCGUCUAUGUGGAGAUGCUCGGCCACGACGCCUCCUUCGGCUACAUCCAUGCUGUCAAGAUGACCCACGACGACUCCCUCCUCCUCAAGCGCACUGGUUACCUCGCCGUCACGCUAUUUCUCAACGAGGACCACGAUCUGAUCAUUCUAAUCGUCAACACCAUCCAGAAGGAUCUCAAGUCCGAUAACUAUCUGGUCGUUUGCGCUGCCUUGAAUGCAGUUUGCAAGUUGAUCAAUGAGGAGACCAUCCCUGCGGUGCUUCCUCAGGUGGUCGAGCUUCUCGGGCAUCCCAAGGAGGCUGUUCGCAAGAAGGCGAUCAUGGCCCUUCAUCGUUUCUAUCAGCGCUCUCCAUCCUCUGUGACGCAUAUCAUUUCCAAUUUCCGCAAGAGGCUCUGUGAUAAUGAUCCUGGGGUCAUGGGGGCAACUCUCUGCCCACUUUUUGAUCUUAUCUUAAUAGAUGUAAACUCAUAUAAGGAUUUAGUCAUCAGUUUUGUGAGCAUUCUCAAACAAGUAGCUGAACGCAGAUUACCAAAGAGUUAUGACUACCAUCAAAUGCCAGCUCCUUUUAUUCAGAUCAAGUUGCUUAAAAUGCUGUCAUUGCUGGGCAGUGGUGACAAGCAAGCAAGUGAAUGCAUGUAUACUGUUGUUGGUGAUAUAUUCAGGAAGUGUGAUUCAUCCAGUAAUAUAGGAAAUGCUGUUCUUUAUGAGUGCAUAUGUUGUGUUUCUUCUAUAUACCCUAGUCCUAAGUUAUUAGAAGCUGCAGCAGAAGUCAUCUCCAGAUUUUUAAAGAGUGAUAGUCAUAAUCUAAAAUACAUGGGCAUUGAUGCUCUUGGUCGACUGAUAAAGAUUAGUCCAGAAUUUGCAGAGCAACACCAACUGGCUGUGAUUGAUUGCUUAGAGGACCCAGAUGAUACUUUAAAGCGAAAAACCUUUGAACUAUUGUACAAAAUGACAAAAUCCUCCAAUGUGGAAGUGAUUGUAGACCGUAUGAUUGAUUACAUGAUAAGCAUUAAUGAUAAUCAUUACAAAACAGAAAUAGCAUCUCGAUGCGUUGAACUUGCUGAGCAAUUUGCACCAAGUAACCAUUGGUUCAUUCAGACCAUGAAUAAAGUUUUUGAGCACGCGGGGGAUCUGGUGAGUAUUAAGGUGGCUCAUAACUUGAUGCGAUUGAUCGCUGAGGGGUUGGGUGAAGAUGAUGAUACCUCUGAUAGUCAGUUGAGAUCAUCUGCUGUUGAGUCCUAUUUGCGCAUUAUUGGAGAGCCAAAACUCCCAUCAUUAUUUCUUCAAGUUAUUUGUUGGGUCUUGGGGGAAUAUGGAAGUGCAGAUGGGAAGUAUUCUGCUUCCUAUAUCACUGGGAAGCUAUGUGAUGUAGCAGAGGCACAUGCAAAUGAUGACACUGUUAAGGCCUAUGCAGUCACAGCAAUCAUGAAAAAUUAUGCAUUUGAAAUAGCAGCUGGGAGAAAAGUGGAUAUGCUACCUGAGUGUCAAUCCUUUAUUGAAGAGUUAUCUGCAUCCCACUCAACUGAUUUGCAGCAACGUGCAUAUGAAUUGCAAGGGAUCAUUGGGUUAGAUCUGCAUGCUGUUGAGGCUAUAAUGCCAUUAGAUGCAAGUUGCGAAGAUAUUGAGAUUGAUCAAAGCCUUUCAUUCCUUAAUACUUAUGUCCAACAGUCAAUAGAAAAAGGGGCUCAGCCAUAUAUUCCUGAGAGUGAACGUUCUGGGAUGUUGAAUAUCACUAACUUUAGAAACCAAGAUCAGCAUGAGGUUUCAAUGCAUGCUCUUCGAUUUGAGGCUUAUGAGCUUCCAAAGUCUUCAGUGCCAUCAAGGACUCCAGUUAUACUUGAUUCUUCAACUGAGCUGGUUCCCAUUCCAGAGCCUUCCUAUCCUCGGGAGAUUCAUGAAGCUGCAACAGUUCCAUCUGUAUCUAAUACAGGGCCAUCAGAACUCAGGCUACGACUUGAAGGUGUUCAAAAGAAGUGGGGUAGGCCAAAUUAUUCUUCUCCUCCUACCUCAAGUUCUACUUCCCAGAAAACUGUGGAUGGGGUUACACAGCCAGAUGGAGUGGCCAAUACGGAUUCAAAAUCACACAUUUCUUAUGAUUCAAGGAAGCAACAAGUGGAAAUAUCCUCAGAAAAGCAAAAGCUUGCUGCGUCGCUGUUUGGGGGGACAGCAAAGGCUGAGAAAAAACCAUCUUCUGCCAGCCAUAAAGUUUCAAGAGUGGGCAUCCAGGCUGCUGACAAGCAGCAGGCAGCAAAGGCGGUUGCUGGAUCCACUGAAACUGCUGGAGAGAAGACAAUUUGUCAACCACCUCCAGAUUUGCUUGAUUUGGGUGAACCAAGUGUUGCAGACAGUGCGCCAUCUGUGGAUCCGUUUAAACAAUUGGAAGGGCUUCUGGAUUCUGCACAAGUUAAUUCUGAUGCUACCUCUGGUCUGGUUGAUGCUACUAAAACGCCUGAUGUUAUGGCUCUAUAUGCUGGCAUUUCUACUGAAGGGCUAAGUGGUGUUACAGCUCCUACGCCCAGUAUAACUGGUCAUGGAGGAACUACAGUUGAAAAUAAGGGUCCAAACCUAAAAGAUUCCUUGGAAAAAGACGCGCUUGUGAGGCAGAUGGGUGUGAUGCCGUCAACUCAGAAUCCAAAUUUGUUCAAGGACUUGCUUGGUUAAAGUCAGAUUGGGCGAUGGUUAGGAGCCCAUAAUUGGAUGCAUCAAGCCUAACUGCUGUAUGAUUUCCUCAUGGCUUUUGCAUGUUCCUAGGCACUUGAAGGCAGUGAUUUGGUGAUAUCGGCUACAGUGGUCCUAGUUGUGGAUUUCCCUAAAUGGAGUGGCUCAAUUUACUGCAUCAGAGUUAAAAUUGUGAGAAUGCUAUUUUCAUUGCAGUUUUUGUAGUGGGAUAGGAUCAAAAUUUCUGUAUAUGGGGGUGUUAAGUGAAUUGAUACGGAGCUCUUCCUCGUGAAUGUCUACUUCCUUUUUUCCGGUUUUGGAGCGCACUGUUGGAUUGAGAAGGGCUCUGAUGCAAAGCUUACUCCGGCGGCUGACAUUUGUUGUUUUUUAUUGUUAUAGUAAUGUAUCAGUGAAUUGUUUUUUGGGUUUUAUUCUCUUUUAUUCUCCCUAUUCAGCUCAAAUCUGUUUGCACAAUGACUACUACGCUUCUUAUUGUCCUUUUUCCAUGUCUGAAUGGACACUCUAUUUCUAUUUUUGUUUGAAUUUGACACAACCAAAUCCAUGUGACUGCAUAAUGGUCAUUAGAGACAUGUUUGUUUGCAUUAAUCCAUUUAGUGGUUAUCUUCUAA